UGAGCAGUCGAGCACCGGAUGUGAGGGAGGAUCAGAAGUUAAAGAAAAGUUUUUGCAGUCGGAAUGCAGAGAUUUGUUAAGCACAUUUGAACUGAAAUCUGUUGAUAAAAUAUGAAUACACCCAUGUCAACGUGGAGCUGAAUUCAUCUGACAAGAACAUUCCCAACAAAGAAAUUUGACCAUCAGUUUUGCCUCGUUGUGGUCAAUCACCAUCUCCAUCUCCCCAGUGUGUUCCAAACAAUCAGCACCCAGGAUUUGAGAGAGACAAUCGGUAUGACAGCGCAGUUUAGCAUCGAUGACGCUUUUGUACUGGAAGGAGAGGAGGAUGGAGUGGUAUCGGAAGGUGAGGCAGAGGGAUGGAAGGGGUCAGAGAAGGAAAAGGAUGGAGAUACGAAAUUUGGGACCCUAUCCUUUGUCAAGUCCCAGAGUCACCCCUCCACAGCCGCAACUGGCUCUCCUGACCACAGCAAUCUGAAGUACCAGAAUCUGGAAAAUGAAGAUGGCUUGGGCAGUAAUAUCAAUUCCUCCUUCAAUAACUUUUUUAAAAUAAGCGAUCCUGCAACAUUGUCUUACUGCAGCUCACAGUGGUCCUUCAGCACUUUGAGUUCUGUCACUCAUCUCUCUGCCCACUGCUGCGGGUGGACAUCUCACCCGCUGGUGAAGAAGAACAGGAGAGUGGUCCUCGCCUCAUUCCUCCUCCUCAUCACUGGAGUUGCUCUCAUUUUCACAGGUGUUGUAAUACAGUUAAAUCCACAUGCAGGUGUCUCAAGUGCUAUUUUUUUCGUUCCUGGCUUCCUUCUCUUCAUUCCUGGCGUGUACCAUGUGAUUUAUAUAACAUGUGCAGUUCGGGGACGAAGAGGCUUCAAGUUGUUCUAUCUGCCAUACUUUGAAAAAUGACCCUUCUCACUACAUUGUUUUGUGUUUUGCUACCAAUAUUGCAAUUUUACUUCAGUCAUUUAUGUAAUAGAAAAGAAUUCAUCCCAUGGAUGUAUUUUUAACGUAAUUUUUUCACUGACCACUACUAACCGUCAAACCACUUUGUGCCUCAAUGAAAUGCUUCCAGCACAUACCCAUAUUGUGUGGGAGAAGGAGAGCGAUUUUGUCUUGCCUGUGUAAAUGUUUUGUGAUUGAAUUAUGACUGUGAAACACAAUAAAUCUUGUUUCCUUUCUUCUU